AUGCGUGUCAACCACUACUAUGGAGUAGCUGUGGCUGCUGCCACCGCAGUGUCGGCCGCGUCGCUCAAAGAUGUCAAGCACGUCGUCCUUUUCAUGCAAGAAAACAGAGCAUUUGACCAUUACUAUGGGACGAUGGCUGGUGUCCGCGGUUUUGCUGACCCCAAUGUGCCGGUAGACUCAGCGGGCCUCUCUACUUUUCAACAGGCCAUCAACCCACCCCAGAACGGGAGCCAAUGGCUGAGUCCCUAUUAUAUUAACUACCUUGGGGGAGAAUAUAUCAACGCGACCCAGUGCAUGGGUGCUGGUGGCAAUGACUGGAUUUCCAUGCAUGCGGCUUACGCCGAUGGCAGUUACAACAACUGGACAACUGCUGAUACCGGCUUCAGCAUGGCUUACUUUACCCGCAAGGAAAUACCCACCCAUUUUGAUAUCGUUGAGGGUUUCACCGUGCUGGACAUGAAUCACCAGAGUAUCCUGGGACCGACUGAUCCAAACCGUUGUAUCUGGUUGAGCGCGUCGGUCAACGUACCUGGAUCACCGUCGAAUCCCCAUGGCGACGGCGGUGCAAUGCUAGACAACACUGCCUCACCGGGAUGUGAUAUUGAAACACCGAUAAAGGCCAACUGCUUUCCCUUCACCUGGAAAACGUUUCCAGAGUAUCUCCAAGAGGCUGGAGUAUCGUGGCAGGUGUACCAAGACCUCGACAACUUCGAGGAUAACCCACUUGCGUACUUUGCUCAGUAUCAGAAUGCGCCCAACGGAUCCGCCCUAAGGGAAAAGGGUAACUCGUAUCUCGGCUUGGAAGCUUUCUACGAGGCAGCUGGCAAUGGCACCCUACCGCAAGUCAGCUGGAUUAUUGGAGCACAGGAGUUAUCUGAGCACCCGCCCAAUAGGCCUGCGGAUGGUGCAUGGCUCCAACAAAAGGUUGUGGAGGCCGUGGUCAACAGCCCUAAAUACGAAGAGACCGCUCUGAUUAUCAGCUACGAUGAGCAGGGAGGCUGGUACGACCAUGUGCCACCCAUCGUUGCCCCUGAGGGAACUCCAGGUGAAUGGCUGCAAGAUCCGUACCAAGAAUUUGGUUACGUACCCCUUGGCCCAGGUCCCCGUGUUCCACGGUAUAUCAUCUCGCCGUACACCCGGGGCGGCAAUGUAUUCACCGAAACCUCCGAUCACAACUCCGACAUUCUAUUCGUGGAGCAAUGGGCCGCCGCGCAAGGUUAUAAGGGCGUCUACAGCAAGGAGAUGACCCAGUGGCGUCGCGACCACAUGUCCAACUUGGUGAACGCCUUCGACUUUGACAACCCCGACUACUCCAAACCCUACAUUACCCCAGCCGAACAUCCCCCAACUGAGCCGAAUAACCCAAGUGACUACACCGGUGAGAUAGCACUACUCGGCUCACUUACCGGACCUUGGGCUCAGCCUGCUAUGUGUUUGUCUGAAUACUCUGAUCCUCAAGCGCCUGUCCCAUGGGGCCCAGAAAAUUCACACCAGGACCUCAGCCUCCUUGUCGAGGAGGGCUUUAAGCAAGUCCGUGGUCAGCUAUCUGAAGGCCGCUUCUUGGUCUUCGAAUCGCUCAAACUAGCCCUGACAAACGUCGACGGCAAGUUUGUUGGUGUGUCACCUGCAACUGCCGCACAUGAAAACAUUCGCCAGCGUUGGAUUUUGCACUCCGUCAACGACCCUCUGUCCAUGGAUACCUUCUACAUCCAGUCUGCACUAGACAUGACCUAUAUCACCAGCUUGGGUUCUCUCACUUCUGACAUGAAGGAUGCACAGGCAUACACAAUUUCCUAUACGCCAAACGGGGCCACCUACAGCCUGAGCCGUAGCGAGACGGGCAAGAGCGAGAAGGGCAAGAGCUUCCUCAGUUUCGGACACGGUCAUGGUUUGUCCAUCGCCUGGGAGGGUGCUGAAGCUGGGAAGUUCAAGAUAUUCAGUGUUUCUUAUCACUAG